CCAAUCGGCUCCGCCAAGCUCUCAACUGCCACGCGGAAGAGGGGAAGCCAGCCUGGCUCCUGGCUUUGGGGCUGGCAAUUGUGGGAGGAGGGCCGGGCCCCACUGGAGGCACCCUUUUGUGUAAGGACCCAAGGAACCAGUCCUCCGUCUGGCCACAGGGACACUGGGUUGUGGCAUUUCUCCAGCUGCUCCCCAGGGGGAGGGAAGACCUCCCUGGAGCCAACAGGCCUAGCCUCUGACCCUGGAAACACCCAGCCCAGGCCUGCCUGAGAGCCAACAAGUCAGGGGGCAGCAAAUUUUUAACCAGACACAUAGAUCAUUAACUGGGGUAGGAAGGAGUCCAAAUUCAGCAUCCUUCGGGGGCAGAGACCAGCUGGGCUUUGAGCCUCCUGUGGAGAUGCUGGGCCCCCGAGUCUGGUCCUCUGUGAGGCAGGGGCUGAGCAGGGCCUUGUCCAGCACCGUGGGGGGCUGGGCCUCAGGGGAGGGGAGGAAGGUGGACAUCUCAGGCAUCUACCCCCCUGUGACCACCCCCUUCACUGCCACGGCCGAGGUGGACUAUGGGAAACUGGAGGAGAAUCUGCACAAACUGGGCACCUUUCCCUUCCGAGGUGUUGCCUCUCUUGCAGGCUUCGUGGUCCAGGGCUCCAACGGCGAGUUCCCCUUCCUGACCAGCAGUGAGCGCCUGGAGGUGGGUCCCAGCCCAGUCCUCUGCCUCCUGCCCUCGCCCACCGCGGCCUGUAGGGAAGACUUCCUCCUUCCUCCUGCAGCCACUCAGGCCACGGUGGAGAUGACGGUGAGCAUGGCCCAGGUCGGGGCUGACGCCGCCAUGGUGGUGACUCCUUGCUACUAUCACGGCCGCAUGAACAGCGCCGCCCUCAUUCACCACUACACCAAGGUUGCCGACCUGUCUCCAAUUCCUGUGGUGCUCUACAGUGUCCCAGCCAACACGGGGCUGGACCUGCCUGUGGAUGCGGUGGUCACGCUUUCCCAGCACCCGAAUAUCGUGGGCAUCAAGGACAGCGGUGGUGAUGUGACCAGGAUCGGGCUGAUUGUUCACAAGACCAGGAGGCAGGAUUUCCAGGUGUUGGCUGGAUCGGCUGGCUUCCUGCUGGCCAGCUAUGCCGUGGGAGCUGUAGGGGGCGUGUGUGCCCUGGCCAAUGUCCUGGGGGCUCAGGUGUGCCAGCUGGAGCGACUCUGCCUCACAGGGCAAUGGGAAGAUGCCCAGAAGCUGCAGCACCGCCUCAUUGAGCCAAACACUGCGGUGACCCGGCGCUUCGGGAUCCCGGGGCUGAAGAAAACCAUGGACUGGUUUGGCUACUAUGGAGGCCCCUGCCGCGCCCCCUUGCAGGAGCUGAGCGCCGCCCAGGAGGAGGCGCUGCGCCUGGAUUUCACCAGCAACGGCUGGCUCUGAGCGUGAGGACGGGACGGCCGGACCGUGCACAUCCCAGCCUCUUGCCUUGCGGUAGCAGCCUGAAGAGGAACGCGGGGGGACGAGGGUUCAAGGCCCCUCUCCUUAUUUCAGUCAUCCAGGUAGCCUCUCUCCAGGCGCUGCCAUGCACGCUCGUUUCCUGUUCUCCCGGCCCCGUGACCUCUCGCAUUUGUAUCCUGAACUCUGGGUCUCUAGAGACCUUCAGUCUGGGAAGGAGCAAUGACUUACUUGUCUCUCUACUGUGCUUUUCUAUCCCCUGAGACACGUGAACCAGGACCCAGAGGGGAAAGUCACGGGGGCAGUUGGGCACAGAAAUGCCAUGUUUUACUGAAAGGAAGACUGCUUAGACUUGGGGGGUACAAACCUGAGUCCAGUACAGUGCAGCAGGAAGCCAGGGUGACUCCUGAGAACCCAACUUCUGACUCCUUCCAGGGGAAGCAAUAGGUUGGGAAACCUGAUCAGAAAGGUGUCACUGGUCUUUCAAAGACACCCCCCCACCCCGCAAGCUGCAUUCUAAUCCUUUCCUAAACCUAUUUUGAUUGAUCUCAUAUUGUCUCUAGCCUUGAUCCCAACCAUCACGUGCACCAGUGAGACAGCCCAGUGGCUUGCCAGAACUGGUAAAUAAUGACACCUGGUGGAUAAAUGUCCCAUUCUAGAAGGCUAUUCUAGCCAACCCAGGUCUGAAACAUUAGGAAAGGGGACUUGGCCUGAGAUAGGACCAUCCUCUUGCCUAUACACACUCUGCUUUUAUUGUUAGGAACAAUUACUUUGUUACUGCAAUAAAAUUGAAUAAGUUAAA